AUGACGGUUCAGAGAUCGCACAACCGCUCAACGAGUGUGUCGUCGCUCGCCUCUGUCGCCAGCUUCAAGACUGCACACUCUGCCUCUCCAGCGUCGGAGCACAUCGAUCUCCCCUACGACCGACCCGUCGACCCAGCCGACAACCCCAGUCUCGACCACACGGCAGAGGACGAGAUGCUCCUCACCCCCGUAUCCUCUGGCGGCUCCGGGCCGCCAUCACCACCGCAACCGCAGGCGCAGACGGCGCUCGUCGCAGCGAUGCAGACUCCGCUGCCGCCCACGCCGCCGCCGAGACGCCGCACCCUGCUGCUUGGCAAGGGUCAUCCGCGGCGGGAACCAUCGGCGCAAGAAUCCAAGCCGCCCUCCUCGCUUCCGAGCCACACCGAGACCCCAGAGACCGAGAGCGCCGGCCGUUCCCAAGCUUUCUCUGAGAACGGUCAGCCGGCGUCGCCCCGCUCGCUCGCAUCCCGGCUCUCCCUUGCGAGCCUGGGAGAACAGCAGCAGUCGCCUACCUCCUACGAGUCCCACGCCUCCCGCCUUUCCCACCCGCCGUCUCAGCCUCACUCCGCUCCGGUUCCGGCACAGCGAGAACUGCCUCCAACGAUGACCGAAGAGAAACAAGGGGCGCAGGACCAGGAACAGGCGCAGGCGCAAGAGCAGGCGCGCUGGUCGCGCCCGCCCCGGAGCCAGGCCCGCAAGGUUAGCAAGACGAUGCAGCUCGCGCGGGAGGAGCCGACCACCGCCCCUCUCCGUCCAGGUAGCUCCGCUAGCGUCGCGAGCGCCGCAAGCAGCACAAACGGGCGCGCAGGCUCGCCAACCUCUCCCGUUCACUUGGGACGGCAGCCGCGAUACUCCGACUCGGCGCAGAGCCACGCCAUUCCGCAGACGCCGCCGACGCACACCCGAUCAUCGAGCAGUGCGCGGAGCGAUUACCCCUCCUUCGAGGAGCAGGACGAUGCCUGGGCCGCACACGUGAAGGCGCAGCUGCUGCGACUAUUCCCCGACCUGGGCGCGACGCUGCCCGACCGCUCAGUACCGAAUUCGGGGCUGCGUGACGAGCUGAGUGCACUGCGCAGCGAGAUCGGCGCCCUGCGCGGCGUCGUCGGCCAGCUCCGCGACGAGCGAGUGGGCGGAACACCCCCGCUGGCGACGAAGCAGUCGCAGAGGGCGAACUCUGUCCCCGUCUCUGGUGCCGAGCGCGAUGUGGGCCCGGCCAAGUCCCGCUCCCUCGCCAUCGACACAUCCUUCACCACAGCCACGGGCGGCUCGGACGCCGACGAGAGCGUGUACUCGGAAGAAGAGCCGCCGCGCCGCAGAGCACCCAUGCCCCCCCGCGAGCGGCUGAGCAUGUACCAUCCCUCGCCGCAGGAGCCGGAGAUGAACUCGGCGGGGCUGACCAUCUUCGCGACCGACUCGGAUGCGCGGAUCACCCUCCCGCCCUCGGCUAUCAGCCUCAUGCUCGACGUCGUGCGCACAGUCGACAUGCGCACGAACGGCGUCCGCAGCGACGCGGACAUCUUCUCCGAGGAGAAUCUCGCCAACCUCGCCAUCUCGCAGGUCAUGAACUAG